AUGCAUUUGAUGCAGUUCUACACCUCGGCGUGUAUGCUUUUCGCAUUCACCGCCGCCAACAGCCAUAAUAAUGCUAUUAUCCCCCAACAUGUGAAGCAAGUAAAGCAAGUCGCAAUCAUCGGUGCCGGUGCCGCAGGCUCCUCCGCCGCCUACCACAUCCGCAAGUUUGCGGCAGAAGACGGUGUAGAUGUGAACAUCACCAUCUUUGAGAAAACAGCCCACAUCGGCGGUCGUACGUUGACGGUAAACGUCUACGACGACCCGCUCAACCCCGUCGAGUUAGGUGCCUCGAUCUUCAUCGAGGCCAACCACAUUCUGCGCAACGCCACCAAGAACUUCAACCUCGGCACUCAGGACCCAGGUUCGGAUGAAAAGGGUGUUCUGGGCAUCUGGGACGGAGACAAAUUCGUCUACACCCAGGACUCUGAGUCCUCGAACUGGUGGAAUCUCGCCAAGCUGUUUUGGAAGUACGGCACGGCGCCCUAUUACAUCUAUCGCCUCGUCCAGAACACGGUCGCCACCUUCCUCAAGCUCUACCAGCCGCCCUACUUUCCAUUCAGAUCUCUGUCUGCGACGGCGUUUGAGCUCGGCCUUGUGAAAGUCACGGGCGUGACUGGGCAGCAGUUCCUCGCGGAGAGCAAGCUUGAUGGCGCAUUUGCGCAUGACAUCGUGCAGGCGAGCACCCGAGUCAACUAUGCUUCCAACCUACCUUUCAUCCACGGCCUUGGCACUAUGGUUGCCAUGGCCCCUGAAGGUGCAAUGGCUGUGACAGGGGGCAACUGGCAGAUCUUCUCGAAUAUGGUCACCGACUCCAAGGCCUACGUCGCCUUGAACUCGACUGUAUCCUCAAUCUCCAAAGAGUCCAGCAGCGACCCUGACUCAACCUCGCCAAAGUACACCAUCAAGACCAAAACCACCGGCACCACCAGCACCAUAAACGCUGAAGCCCACCCCGUCACCUUCGACGACGUCGUCAUCGCAGCGCCCUACCAAUUCAGCGGCAUCAGCUCCAACGCCGACGUGAUCCCCCACCCUGUCGACGAGAUCCCCUACGUGACUCUGCACGUGACCCUCUUCGCCUCUCCCUUACGCUUCAGCCCAGAGUUCUUCCACCUCGACCCCAACGCCACCGUGCCCUCUUCUGUGCUAACCACUCUCGGCGAGAACGACGAGGCCAAGUCGGGCCCCGACGCCGUCGGCAGCGCCGGCUUCUUCUCCGCGAGCCUCGUGAAGACCGUCACGAGCCCGAAGACCGGCGGCAAGGAGUACGUGUACAAGAUCUUCUCGCCCGACAAAGUGAAGCCGGAGUUUCUGUCCCGGCUGCUCGGCGCAGAGGUCCCGGAUACCUUCACCAUCUCAACGCCUUCCGAUGCUGCUGCUGACCCCGUCUCGUGGUACCACCCCACGGUCUUCCACCCGUACCCCCAGAAGUUGCCCCGCGUCACGUUCCAGGACCCGGUGCUGGGCGAUGGCUUGUACUACACGUCUGGCAUCGAGAGCUUCAUCUCGACGAUGGAGACGAGCGCGCUGAUGGGCAUGAAUGUCGCGCGGCUCAUCGUGGACGACUAUCUAGGGAUAUCUCACAAUGGUGAGGGCGAGGGCGAGGGCGAGGAUAGCGAACGGGAGAAUGUUCGGGAGCACGUGGAAGGAAAGCAGAAAAUAUUAGAAAACAGUGGCCGACCAUUCCCGGAUGUGGACGAACUCUAG